UCCGUUGACGUCACUGCGUAUGGCCAUAUCGGGGUUGCAGCUGUCUGGAAGCAACAAUAACAAGCGCUAUCGUGCAGCCUGAACGCAGCUUUAACGACACUGACAGCGUUAAAUACCACCAAAAUUCACAAAAUGCGACUGUCGGAAUAACGCCGAAUUGAGUUUCUUCGUCCUCCGAGCUGACAAACGGGGCAUCGUCGCGGCUAACGCCGCGAAACUAGCACGGAGACUCGGACGCAGGGCGAGCUGGGCAGUUCGCGGCUGCAUCUGGGUCAGUGGGCCUGUCGCUAGCUUUACCGGAGGUUUAGUUAUCCCCGUGUGACUGUCAUUGCUUCACAUACUCAUCAUCUGUAUAAACCGUGGCAACAUGGAGGCUAACGGAGCAGGACAGGACCGGGAUUCAGAGCUCUCCUGCCGAAACGGUACUCGAAAUGGUGAGUCGUCCUCCACCGUGGCAGCUCACUCCAACGGACUAAUCUCGGUAACCAACAAUGGCAACGCUGUCAGCAACAAUAACGGAGUGGCAGCACAGCCUGUGUCCAACAACGGCAGCAACACGGCGGAUGUCGGCUCGGGUGUCAAAAAGAAAAAGCGGCUGUCUCAGUCUGAGGAGGAUGUCAUUCGGCUAAUAGGGCAACAUCUACACGAUCUGGGACUCAAUCAGACGGUGGACCUCCUGAUGCAGGAGUCUGGCUGCAGACUGGAGCACCCCUCUGCCACCAAGUUCCGCAAUCAUGUCAUUGAAGGAGAGUGGGACAAGGCUGAGAGUGAUCUGAAUGAGCUGAAGGCACUGAUGCAUUCUCCCAGUGCUAUAGUGCGGAUGAAGUUCCUACUUCUACAGCAGAAAUAUCUGGAAUAUCUGGAGGACGGGAAGGUCCUGGAAGCUCUGCAGGUCCUCAGAGCUGAACUCACCCCUCUCAAGUAUAAUACCGAGCGUAUCCACAUCCUGAGUGGGUACCUGAUGUGCAGUCAUGCAGAGGAUCUGCGAGCCAAAGCUGAGUGGGAAGGCAAAGGCACGGCAUCGAGGACAAAGCUGUUGGACAAACUCCAGACUUACCUGCCUCCAUCGGUGAUGCUGCCUCCCCGUCGUCUGCAGACUCUGCUGAAGCAGGCUGUGGAGCUGCAGAGGGAGCGCUGCCUCUACCACAACACCAAACUGGACAGUGGUCUGGACUCUGUGUCUCUGCUGCUGGACCACUCCUGCAGCCGAAAACAGUUCCCUUGCUACACACAGCAGAUUCUCACGGAGCACUGCAAUGAAGUCUGGUUCUGCAAGUUCUCCAAUGAUGGCACAAAACUGGCAACUGGAUCCAAAGACACCACAGUCAUUGUGUGGCAAGUUGACAUGGAAACCCAGCAGCUGAAGUUGUUGAAGACUCUUGAGGGUCAUGCUUAUGGUGUUUCCUACCUGGCAUGGAGCCCCGAUGAUGCCUAUCUGAUAGCGUGUGGCCCUGAUGACUGCUCUGAGCUGUGGCUGUGGAAUGUACAGACGGGGGAGUUGCGGACAAAGAUGAGUCAGUCUCAUGAGGAUAGCCUAACCAGUGUGGCCUGGAAUCCAGAUGGCAAACGUUUUGUCACCGGCGGCCAGAGAGGACAGUUCUACCAGUGUGACUUGGAUGGAAACCUUCUGGACUCGUGGGAAGGAGUUCGGGUGCAGUGCUUGUGGUGUCUGAGUGAUGGCCGGACAGUCCUUGCAUCUGACACCCACCAACGCAUCCGAGGAUAUAAUUUUGAGGACCUGACAGACAGGAACAUAGUGCAGGAGGACCAUCCCAUCAUGUCUUUCACUGUUUCCAAAAAUGGAAGGUUAGCACUGCUCAAUGUUGCUACUCAGGGAGUGCACCUUUGGGACCUGCAGGACCGGGUGCUGGUGAGGAAGUACCAAGGAGUCACGCAGGGAUUCUACACCAUCCAUUCCUGCUUUGGAGGGCACAAUGAAGACUUCAUUGCCAGUGGUAGUGAAGACCACAAAGUUUACAUCUGGCACCGGCGCAGUGAGCUGCCCAUUGCAGAACUGACUGGUCACACCCGCACAGUCAACUGUGUGAGCUGGAACCCCGCCCUGCCUGGACUGCUGGCCAGUGCCUCAGAUGACGGAACCAUCCGAAUCUGGGGACCUGCGCCGUUCCUGGAUGUCCAGGAUGCAGAGGGACUCAAUGAGUGUUGCAGCAUGGACAGCUGAUGAUCUGCUGCUGCCAGCCUGAGAGCCAUUGAGACUCUGUAGACACUUGAAUGGAUGAGGGGGAAGUUUUGGACUGCUGCAUCUUGGAGUUGUGGCCUGCGGUGUUGUGUGUCUGUGUGUCUGGGUGUCACAACACAGAGCUGUCGGACUCAUCCACUGAGAGCAGAGCUGGCCUGGUGAGGCCAGACUCCAGGACCUCUGACCUCUGACCCACCUUCUCCUCCUCUCUGGACCCUUUACGUAGAACCACACAGGACCAGCCACCUCCUGAUCUAUUAUGAAAAGCAUUAUUUAUUCCUGAGUAGUUCACUGAGUAGUGUAGGUGCGUGGUGGAGGGUGUGUGCUUUCAGUCUUCUGUCAGAGCUGCUCACAGGAAGAAACUCUGUCGCUUCCUGAACCUUCUAUGAGACUCUACCUGCAGGAGUUGAAGUCCCACUUGAAGAGAAUCUUCUAACUGCUAGAGUUUGUUUGUUUUUGGUUUUAUUGUUUGGUUUUUAAUGCAGAGUACAUUUUAUGGCUUGUCUCCUUUGUGCUUUCCUGCUUCAAUCCAGAGACAGAAUUGUAUUUAAUGAGCAUGUUGCGUAAGAUUGCACAGUUUGAUGGCUAACUCAUGUUUUACACUCCCAGUAUGUCCUGUUCAAAUGUGCUGAGUGGUUCGCCACCUUGUGAGGGCGUGAAGCAGCUGAUGUGUGAUGUAGUUUUCCCAGCAUUACCUGUGAGCCCUCACCUUUGACCUGUGGAUUAUGGUGUGUAGUUUCCUUUGUGCUGCCGUCAGUUUCUUUUUGAUUUGCUCUUCUGUCUUCACUCUUUCUUCUGUUUCAGCUGCAGCCUGUUGCCAUCUCUCCACCAUACGAACAGUCUUUAGUUGUUCUCUCUUUGAAGUGUCAUUUAUUGUGUUGUCUGAUUUCUUACAGCACCCAGGAUGAGCUGUGAUCACAGUUCAGUGCAGGGCUUUUGGGAGUGAACCCUUUGACACUAUCAGAAUUUCAGCACUGAAUCUUCAUCAAUAGUGGUUUGAUCUUCUGCAGGCAAACACAAUCUGACUGAACUAAAACUGUUGGGCGGUCUUUAUUGAACACACUAACGGCUCAGUGCAGGCUGGAGAGACGGGGCCACCUCUUGGAGGUCCUUUAGCAGCACAGACUGCAGCAGGAGCUGCUGCUUUCCUGGAGCCGCUAAUCACACAGUUGACAUUUGGUUUAUUCCUCCUGCAAACAUUUCCUGGCUUUGGCCCAUUGUGUUGUUGCUCCUCUCAGCCUCUCCUACAUUUCUGCUCAUGCACUGCUGCGCUGACUUUCACCUGCAGAGCAGGGUGGCUGUGGUCCCGCAGGUAGCGGGGGGGUCAUCUAUAAAUAGAAAGGCUUCUCCUCUGGUCCACACGUCAGGGUGUCCUUGGGCGAGCUACAGACCCACAGACAGUUGUUGGUGCAUCAUCAGAGUGUGUGCGUGAUAGAAAGGUGAAUGUGGUUUGUAGUAAGAAGCAUUUAGAGUAGGUAAAGCUUCAGUGCAGCGGGCUCUGACGGGGCACACCUAAACCAGCUUUUGGGGAGCUUUGUGUGUUUUUACCCGGAACAGAGAACAGUCACAUGGUCACCUGCAAACUUCAGAUUUCUACCAUGUUUUGGGGGGAGCACUGGUUUCCUUUCUGCUGGCCUUCCAUUAAUAUAAUAAUUACUCCAACUGGACACAUGGACACAGAUUCCAGUGAGUUGUAGAGACUUCUUCAGGAAUUCUGCUCUUGUUUUUGGGUUCUUCAUGUGAUCAUUCCAGAAUUUCCCACUCAUGGAGAACAGUGACAGUCCUGACUUUCCUUCAUUUGUCUUUCUUAUUGUGGAUGAUGAACAGGUCUUCAGAGAUGUAUCUGGGACUUUUCGAGCUCCGUACAUCUAUGGACUGCUGUUAUACACUAUUUAUACAAACCCAGUGUUCAGCACUUGUUUUUAAUGGCAUUUCCUGACUCCAGUAGCUUUUGCUGAAGUCAGAGCACAGAGGUUCACCUCUUUUUUUAUGUGGGAUUACUCAGUGUGUUCAGUAAAGACCUAAAAAUGCAGUUCUUAUUGAUUUAGUCAGAAAGGCAAUAUUUUGUCGCCUUUAUGUCUCAGAAGAUUAUCUUUAAUAUCAUGUGAAACAUUGUAUCGCUAUGGCUUAAAGGAAAAUUUAAUACUCAGAUACAUAUUAGUAGGAUCCAUUCAUAAAUACAUGAAAUUUGCUUAAGAUAAAAAUAACUGACAGUGGCAGCCUGAUCCUGUAUGUUCAGUACAUCAGUGGUGAGCUAAGGUAACACAGUAACAAAAUGAUGGAAUGUCUUUAGUGUGCAACAUGAAGCUACUCUGAAUUCCCAUGUUUCCUGUCGCGGGGUUAAGUCUUCCAUGACAUGUUGUUCUGUGUAGUAUGUGCUGUGUAGUUGUAUGUUGUAAUGAGGCUGUGUACAGGUGUGUCAGGGUUCCCACGUCUCGCUUUCGCUCAUUUAGACGUCCACACUGAGUGUUCUGACUGCACUGCUGUUCAGACAUAAGGAGGCAACUUUAUAUCAACAUCUGCUGAUAACAGAAAUUCAGUUUGAGAUCCACAAACUAAGGUGCAGCUAAAAUAACAUUUUAAUGUGCAGAUUGAUUUUUUUAAUCCAAACCGCUUUUUAUACAAUCUGUUUCUAAGUUUAUUUAAAUCAUUUGUAGUUGUGAACAAUAAUUGCAAGACUGUGGGAAUCCUGUUUAUCUGCCCAGAUCGGACCGUAGCCAUCACCAGCUCAGCUGCUCCAUCACACAACACAGCAGCUGUGUCAGUCCCAGUGGAGCGCUCUGAGCUCCUGCUGCUGUGGCCCCGUCAGCUUCUUUAUUUGGAUCAUUUCAGGCUUCUCUUCUUUUCUCCUCUCCACCGAAGAAGCCAAAGUAGUAACUGUGUUUGCUUGCAGGCAGUUUUUUGCCUGAAACCAUUUUACAUUUUAAAUGUGUUAUUACAAAGUGAUUGUACUAUUCAGUAUAGUUCUGUAGGAGAAUUGUUAUGUGUGCAUAUUUUAAAUAAAGCAUUCAGGGUUUUAAAAAAAAAAAAAGGUUAUAGUGUUCAUCCUCCUUUACAUGAUGGGACACGUUUCUACCUGGGAACGGCGUGAAGCCCUUUAGAUCUGCACACACUCCUGCUUGUAUCCAGUGACAGUUUGGUUUAAUAAUUAAAACAGAUCUACUAAAGUUAAACUGUCCCAGUGGUACUGUCAGACCACCAGCAUUACUGUUUACAUUGGUUCUUAGGAAGAAAUCAAUGAAUUGUGAUCAGUUAGUUUGAAGAUAUUUUAUGUGGAGAAAUUAGGAUAUUUUCAGUUGUCUGUCAGUUCAGACUACAUAUGGAACACAAAGCAGAUGUCACUCAGAAGUAGCAUUGCUUUUGAGAGAGUUUUCUAUGUAAGCUGUAUUUACCUGAUAAAUGUUAUUGACAGGUAUGAGAAAUGGACUUCACCACUGUAAUGAAAUCAGCAACACCUGUGUUUCAAUUCUCACAAGUAAGAGAGUGAUUAAUGACUGGGGGUGGCUGUAGCUCAGUGAUAGAACAGCUCACCUGCUAAUUGUAAGGUCGAUGGUUCGAACCCCGAAUGUUAGAUCUGAGGCACAUCAAAGAACGAGUGUGAAUGGCGUGUUGUAUAAAGGCCUUGGAGCGCUCAGGUAGAACAGUGCUGCAUAAGACCCGGCCCAUUUAAAGCUUACA